AAAUAUCAAUAAAUAAUAAAUUUGGCGUUAGAUGUAUAAUUCUAUUACUCAAUAUUAAAAAUGAGUGUUUUCGUAAAAAAAAUAGUAUCUGCCAGUAAUUUAUCAUUUAUCCGAUUAAAUGCAAUUCGGCUUCUCUCAUCCAAAAAAGAUGCAUCUAAAAAAGAUGAUGCCCAAAAAUCUACAGAAGAUAUUAAAAAAAAUAUUUUAAUUGAAAAAUAUGGGGCUAUAACUACACUAAACAUUGAUCGUCAGAAGACUAGAAAUAGCUUGGAUGAAGCAACAUUACGAGAAAUGGCAGAUGCAAUAAAUUCCUUCGACAAAGACCCAGAAGCAAAGGUGCUAGUAUUCAAUGGAGAAGGAGGUUCAUUUUGUUCUGGGUUUGACCUGGACGAAGUUGAAGCCAAAGGAUAUAAUACACUUCUUGAUGCAGCGUCUCGUCUUUUGCGUCGUCCCCUGUGUGAUAAGACAACAAUAGCAGCUGUGUCAGGAUAUGCGGUUGGGGAAGGCUUUGAGCUUGCUCUAGCUUGUGAUUUGAGGGUGGUUGAGGAUACUGCUGUCCUAGGUUGCUUGGGCAGAAGAUUUGGUGCACCACAGAGUCUGUAUGGUGGAAGACGGCUUACAUCUUUAAUUGGUCUGUCAAGAGCUCUAGAUCUGCUUAUAACUGGACGUCCAAUCUCGGGGGUGGAAGCUCACAACAUGGGCCUAUCAUUGAAAGUUACUGCUACUGGUACAGCUUUGGGAGAGUCAAUAAAAUUAGCAAAAUCUCUACUAAAGUUCCCACAGAAUGCUUUAAUUAUGGACAAGCUAGCCGCAGUGAACUCCCAGUUGAACCCAAACAGUGAGGAGAGCAUGAGAGAUGAGGCCAUCAUGCAGAGUCUGAUGGGGCUGGCUAUUGAGGACUUGCAGAAGGGAAUUAAGAAGUUCCAAGGAGGCAUUGGAAAACAUGGAAAAUUCUACAAGCUGACCGAAGCUCCACUCAAGGAUUGGGAAAUAGAGGAUUCAACGGAAGAAAUCAGUAUCAAAAAAGAUGAGGACAGUGAUAAAGAUGAUAAAAAAUAAAGUAUUAUUUAGGGUUAGCUGUUCUUGUUAAAGUUAAGGUAAAAAUAAACAUCUAGUCUGA